AUGACUUCAUCUUCUGAUAUCGAGGCCUUGAAGGCGGAAACUAUUGUGGAGACUGGCUCUGAAAAUAUCCCAGAUGCUCAGCACCCUACGCUUGCUGCUAAGCCAGCUGGUAACUCGUUUUCCAACCAUAUCAUAGCAUUUUUGGGUGAGUUUUUUGGCACUUUUAUCUUUCUCUGGACGGCUUUUGUUAUUGCCCAGAUUGCCAACCAGUCGCCUGCUAUUCCUCCUGCUGGCGAGGGCUCUUCGCCUGGCCAAUUGCUUAUGAUUUCCUUUGGCUUUGGCUUUGGUGUCAUGGUUGGUGUGUUUAUUUUCUUUAGGGUUUCCGGUGGUAACUUGAACCCUGCUGUUACCUUGACAUUGGUUUUGGCUAAGGCCGUGCCUCCAGUGAGAGGUGCCAUUAUGAUGGCUGCUCAGAUGAUCGCUGGUAUGGCUGCUGCCGGUGCUGCUUCUGCCAUGACUCCAGGCGAGAUUGCUUUUGCUAAUGGUCUUGGUGGUGGUGCUUCCAGAACUAGAGGUGUCCCUCUUGUGUUUGACUGUUUUGUUUUGGCGGUCGAGAAGGCUAGAGCCACUUUUAUGGCUCCAUUUGUCAUUGGAAUCGCUUUGUUCUUGGGCCACUUGAUUGCCAUUUACUAUACUGGUGCUGGUUUGAACCCUGCCCGUUCCUUUGGUCCUUGCAUUGCUGCCGCUUCUUUCCCAGACUACCACUGGAUCUACUGGGUCGGUCCAGCGUUGGGCUCUGUCAUUGCAUUUGCCAUCUGGAAGGUGUUUAAGAUCUUGGAGUACGAGAACUGUAACCCUGGCCAGGACUCUGAUGCUUGA